AUGCCCGAACCAGUAUCAGUCCUGUUCGUCUGCCUGGGCAACAUUUGCCGCUCAACCAUGGCGGAGGGUGUCUUCCAGAGCAUCACGUCCAAGCCCCCAUACGAAGGCCUGGUGAAGAAGCUGGACAGCUGCGGAACGGGCGCGUACCACGUCGGUGACGACCCAGAUGACAGGACUAUGGAUACGCUGGAGAAGCAUGGCAUCACGGACUACGUGCACGCUGCGCGAAAGGUACAUAUCAAGGACUUUGACAACUUCGACUACAUCUUCGCCAUGGAUCGAAACAACCUCCGCGACCUCGAGCGCAUGCACAAGAACAAGCCCGAGGCCAGGGCCAAGGUGAUGCUGUUUGGCGAGUUCUCCGGCACGGGCAAGGCCGAGAUCGUCCAAGACCCUUGGUAUGGAGGGAUCGACGGCUUCGAGACGACAUACCAGCAGUGCAUACGGUUCACCAGGAACUUUCUCCAGGUCGUCUUCCCAGACAUCACACCUCCCGAGGAGUGA